UCAUCGAUGACACAGACGAAGAUGAUUGUGUGAUGUGACAGGAUUAAUUAAUGACCUUAGAGUGAAGGCACCCUUAGGUCUCUUUGAUGCUACUUUGCUACUUUGAUGUCAAGGGUGAUUGCCCUCAUCUGACUACUGGAAUUCAGCUAUUUUGACCAUUUUUGGACCAAGGUGUAAUGAGAUCUGGAACCAAGUGGUCCUAGCAGAACCCAAGCUGAGCAUUAAUGCACAGGUUAUUAAGUGGCAUGCGAUGGCCAGCUCGUCAGACAGCGAGGAUGACAGUUUUAUUGCCAUGGACACAGAAGAAGUAUUGGAUGGGCCCAUGGAGCAGGAUGAAGAGCCUCAUGUUGAAUUGGAAGUUGAGGAAAUGAGACAUAACCGCUCAAUGUUAGAGUUGCCUGAGGAGGUGCUGGAAUACAUCUUGUCUUUCUUAUCUCCAUAUCAGGAGCAUAAAACAGCUGCUCUAGUUUGCAAACAGUGGUAUCGACUCAUUAAAGGCGUGGCUCAUCAGUGUUACUAUGGUUUUAUAAAAGCUGUUCAGGGAGGAUAUAUUCAGUGGGAGAGCCGGACCUACCCCUAUCCCGGGACUCCGAUAACCCAGCGGUUUUCGCACAGUGCUUGUUACUAUGAUGCCAAUCAGUCCAUGUACGUCUUUGGGGGUUGCACUCAAAGCAGUUGUAAUGCAGCAUUCAAUGACCUUUGGCGGCUUGACCUCAACAGCAAAGAAUGGAUCCGACCUCUGGCAUCAGGUUCCUAUCCUUCUCCAAAGGCUGGAGCCACAUUAGUUGUGUACAAGGACCUUCUGGUAUUGUUUGGAGGCUGGACCAGGCCAAGCCCCUACCCUCUGCAUCAACCGGAGAGGUUUUUUGAUGAAAUACAUACCUACUCACCCUCCAAAAACUGGUGGAACUGUAUUGUAACAACUCAUGGACCCCCUCCAAUGGCUGGCCAUUCAUCUUCUGUAAUAGGAGAUAAAAUGAUUGUAUUUGGAGGGUCGUUAGGCUCUCGACAAAUGAGCAAUGAAGUCUGGAUCCUGGAUAUGGAGCAAUGGGCCUGGUCCAAACCGGCAACAUCGGGUAGCAUGCCCCAUCCAAGGGGUGGGCAGUCCCAGAUUAUUAUUGAUCAUGAAACAAUCCUGAUCCUGGGAGGCUGUGGAGGACCCAAUGCACUAUUUAAGGAUGCCUGGCUGCUACACAUGAACAGCACCCCUUGGACAUGGCAACAGCUAAAAGUGGAGAACGAGGAGCAUGGAGCACCAGAAUUAUGGUGUCAUCCGGCCUGUAGGGUUGGACAAUGCGUGGUAGUGUUCAGCCAAGCACCUAGUGGUCGAGCCCCUCUCAGUCCCAGCUUGCAUUCUCGCCCAUCUCCUAUCAGUGCCACACCACCAGCCCUUGGUGCAGAAAUGAGAGAGCAUCGAUCACAGUCCCCAGUACGAAGUACUGAUGAAGUUCCUUGUGUGAAUGGACGCUGGGGUACUUUGCGGCCAAGGACGCAUAGGCCGACAACAUCCGGUUCUCGGGAAGGCAGCCUAUCUCCAGCCAAAGGGGAAAGGUCACCAGUUUUAAAUGGUGGAACCUUAUCACCAGGAUCCUUAGCUGGCUCUUUGGACAGUCCAGUGCAGCCAGGUUCCCCUGUCACAUCAGCUGUGGUGGAAGGUUAUGAUCUUCGAGGUUCUAUUGGAGGACUUCCUCAUGUUACUAGGCAAAGUGCGCCAAUGGAACAGAAGGUAGAUUCAGGAUUAGAUCCAUAUAGGUCUCAAGACCCUGUCAACUGGGAUUCAAAAGCCUCUUCCAGCAGCAGCCAUGGAGAAGAUGGGAAUGAGACAAGUCCAGGAACUGAGAUUAAUGUUGGGAAUGCUCCAGAGCAGACAAAUGGAAUUCACACACCACCUCACAUUGCAAGUGCUUCUGGCCCAGUCUCACCAGGAGCACUCCGAAGAGGACUGGAGGCUGUGAAGGAUUUCUUACCACAAAGUUCAUCAUCGGUUGUUUCAGCUAGCGGAAGCUCAGCUCCUUUAUCUGUAAUACCAGGAAACCACAGUAAAAUUUCAAACAGUACUGAUGUACCACCACGUCCUGCACCCGCCCAGGCAGAUGGACAUACACUGCCACCAAUUGCACGCCGGUUAGGCCACCACCCACCUCAGUCUCUCAAUGUAGGGAAACCCUUGUACCAGAGCAUGAACUGCAAGCCAAUGCAAAUGUAUGUGUUGGAUAUAAAAGAUGCAAAAGAGAAGGGAAAAGUCAGUUGGAAAAUAUUCAACAGUGGCUCAGUUGUAGGCCCACCAGAAACCAGCCUCCACACAGUGGUGCAAGGCCGGGGCGAGUUGAUCAUUUUUGGGGGGCUGAUGGACAAGAAACAGAAUGUGAAGUACUAUCCAAAAACCAAUGCAUUGUAUUUUGUGCGAGCUAAGAGAUAAUGCACCACCUCAAAGUAUUUCACAUUACCUGAUGCACACCCAUAAGCUGUGAAUUCAAAAAACAUUUAUAUGUAAAACUACCCUGGAAAUGGCUUAAAGUUUGCUUGUUAAACACAAA